CCGGCAUAUCACUCUGCGAUUCUGCGCCCCGAAGGCCCCAAAACUUAGCGCUAAAUGGAUUCUAUGCCGUAAGCCUUGUCCUCACCAAUUGACCCGAUCUAUUUGAUCAUUUGAGAAUCUGAAUUGGUAGAUAUUGCAUCUGCAGAUCGAGUUAUUGCCCGAUGUUUGGAUCGUUCUCUUGUUUAGAUUAGAUCUAGAGUAUCAAGCCCUAGCUCCUGAUGGAAGGAGCACUGGGCGGAGACCCAGGUGAACCGACUAACCUGGCGAAAUGGAAGAGCGAUUUCUCCAGGUCGUUUCAGUUCUACCUCGACCGCUCCACUCCUCAUCCGGUUAGCAGAUGGCUGGGGACGCUCGGUAUUGUUGCGAUCUAUUCUUUGCGGGUUUAUUUGAUUCAGGGGUUCUACAUCGUUACAUAUGGCCUCGGGAUCUAUUUGCUGAAUCUACUGAUAGGGUUUCUGUCUCCAAUUGUUGAUCCGGUGAUCGAGGGCAUGGAAGGAGCAUCUCUUCCAACCAGAGUUUCGGAUGAGUUCAAGCCCUUCAUUCGACGCCUUCCAGAGUUUAAGUUCUGGUACGCCAUAACAAAAGCAUUCUGCAUAGCCUUUGUUAUGACCUUCUUUUCAGUUUUUGAUGUUCCUGUGUUCUGGCCGAUACUUCUUUGUUAUUGGAUAGUUCUUUUCUUCUUGACAAUGAAGCGGCAGAUUAUGCACAUGAUCAAGUAUAAGUACAUCCCAUUCACCACAGGGAAGCAGAAGUACACUGGGAAGAAAGCUACAACAAGCAGCAGUUUGUUCCAGGACUGAUCCCAGGCAUGCUCGUCAACACCCGAGUAUGGUUAUCAAUAAAAGGGACACGAAGAUCUCUUGUUUCAGGAUUCUCUAUGGAAUGUGCCCUAUUUUGUUCUAAGACUAGAAGGAAACAAGCAACCGCACAACUCUUUUUGGUUACCUAGCAAGUAAGGGAUGGCCCUUCUGCGAGAUAGGAAAACUGUUAUAUUCUUUUUUGGUUUUUUUCAUGAAGUGUGUCUUCAUAGAUAUUAUAUCUAUAUUUACUUUAAUUUUUGACAAGUAUUGAGCUAAGAAUGUUUCUUGUGAUUUAUGUGAGGUUAUGAAGAAAACAUUUGGUUUCAGUGCCAUUAUGUUAGUGUGGGCUACGGUCAUGUAUUGAUCUGUAAUAUUUAAUGUCUAAUGAAACGUCUGAUGAUAUCAACAGGUAUUGAGCUCAACUA